GCGUCACAGACAGUGAUGGUGAAUACUGGAGAAACUGCAAACUUCAGAUGUCAAUAUUCACAGGAUUAUAAGGCUGAUGACAAGGUCAUAUUCAAGAAAGAAAAAGUCUCCAUUGUGAUGAUCUACAGCACAUGGAGGAAGACAGAGAGAUUCAGUAUUUCUGAUGACAGAGAUAAAAACAUCUUCAGUGUGAGAAUUACUGAUGUGAGAUCAGAAGAUGCAGGAGUUUAUUUAUGUGGAGUUCAGCGUAACAGAGACUCCUACAGUUACUCCAUUAUUACUGCUGUUCAUCUCAACAUUAUGAGUAAAGUGGGUGUGGUCAAAGUGAGUGGAUACUCAGCAGGUCAAAUCAUCUUCAAGUGUCAUCACCCUCAAUACAAAAAUAACUCAAAAUAUCUGUGUAAAGAAUCAGAUGGAUGUUCUGAGAGGAAAUCUCCAUCAGUUCAGGAUCAAUGGAUGAAGAAUGGAGAUGUUUCUCUAUAUGAUGACACCACAGCAGGAGUCUUGAUGGUGUAUUUUAGAGAUCUGAAUGCUGGAGAUGCUGGGACAUACAGGUGUGGAGUGAAAGUAUCUCAAUAUACUGAGAGCUUCACUGAAAUACAGAUGGACAUUAAACAGGCGCUGACACACUGGUGGGUAAAUCAAUCUGUUUAUCUUGAUGAUGAAGUCAAUAUUAGCUGUCAGAUCCCAGAGGAACAUCAAGUCUCAAAACUCUUCUGUAAAGAGGAUGAAAAUCACAUCUGCCAAAACAUCAACACAUCUAAAGUUAAACUGAAGGAUUUAUCUCCUAAAAGUGUUUUUUCUGUGACCAUCAGUAAUGUGACAGUGAGAGAUGCUGGAGUUUACUGGUGUGGAGCAGAAACCACUGAGAGAGAUUUAACUUUCAUCUCUCUGACCACUAAAGUUCAACUCAAUCUGAUCACACUGAAGAAACCCAACGACAGAGAGGUGGAGAGAGAUGAUGCUUUCUCCAUGAUCAUUGUGUGUAUUUGUGUAAUUCUGCUGCUGAUUGGAGGAAUCACUCUCACUGUUUGUAAAUUAAAUCACAAGAAGACACCAGGAAAAAGCUCAAGAUCGGGCGACACACAAAGAGAUGAAAACCGUUUGUCGUCCUGUGCAGACAGCAGGCGUCAUUCACGCUCAGAUCCUCAAUCAGCUCCACUUUACUCUACUGCACAAUUACCCACAAUCCCCUCUGAUGAUCUGCUGUACGCUGCUGUCAGUUUCCACAAGUAUAAAGAUUCAGUCAGUGAUGUUAAAGACAACUUAAGUAAAGAGGAGAUUUUAACCGACUACAUCACUGUCAGUCAACACACAAGACUCAACUGAUUCAUAUACAGAAGAUCAAAGUUAGUCAAAUAUUACCAGCAGUAUUUAAGAGAAUGAUUAUGAUAGCUUGGCUUUUAUUAAAACUGUAUAAUACAUAAUUCAGUAUUUCUUUACUGUAGUUUAGUAAAAGAUCAUACAGAUGUUUAGCAGUGCUGAAAAAGUGGCAUUUUUACUCUGACCUAUGUUUCUUCUUUCAUGUUUAAAACAGCAAGUGCCACAUUUAAUGUGUGUAGAGUUUACAUUUAGCUGAUGGUGUGAAUGAAAGAGGAACAAACCUUUGAGUGACUCUUAUAAAAUAAACUUAAAGUUUCAACUGCAAACACAAACAGACACAUCAUCAUUUAAUACAUACUUUAAACAUAUAUUUUAUUUAAUCUUUUUAAAAUAUCAGCCUUAAAAAGACAGUUAAACUUUUAUUAACCUUAAUCAGUAUGUGGGGUCCCAGGGGACUUUUCCUUC